AUGGAGGGUUGGUUAGCCUUAUGUUUUAUAGCCCUAUCCACGUUACUGGCCCUUUGGUUCUCCGGCAGCAAGAGCAAGCCCAAGAAGCACCUGCCUCCCGGGCCAUGGACUCUCCCGAUCAUCGGCAGCCUCCACCACGUCAUCCUCGGCACGCUCCCUCACCGCACCAUCACUGAUCUGUGUCGCCGGCAUGGGCCACUGAUGCUCCUCAAGCUAGGCGAGGUCCCCACGGUGGUGGUCUCCAGCGCCGAGGCGGUGGCGGAGGUAAUGAAGACCAACGACGUCGCCUUCUCGAACCGGCAGACCACCGAGCUGCAGGAGAUCAUGGGCUUCGGCGGCAAGGGCAUCAUCUUCGCCCCCUACGGCGACCACUGGCACCAGAUGCGCAAGGUCUGCAUCGUGGAGCUCCUCAGCUCCAAGCAGGUGAAGCGCAUGGAGUGCAUCAGGGCCGAGGAGGUGGGCGGCCUCCUCCGCUCCAUCAUCACGGCCACGGACGCGGGCGCCGCCGCCAACCUCAGCGAGAUGUUUGCGGCGCUUGGCAACAACGUGGUGGCGCGGGCGGCGUUCGGCGGCAAGUUCGCACGGCAGGAGGAGUUCCUCUGCGCCAUGGACCAAAUCAUGGACCUGCUGGGGGGCUUCUGCCUGGUCGACCUCUUCCCGUCGUCCCGGCUGGUGCGGGGGCUCAGCAAUGGCGAGCGCCGCAUAAAGAGGAUCCGGGACCUCAUUGAGCACAUCAUCACCGAGAUCCUUGACGAGCGCAAGGCGGCGCGAGCGGCCGGUCAUGGCGCAUGCAGCACCGAUGAUGAGGACCUGCUGGACGUGCUGCUCAGGCUGCAGGAGGAGGACUCGGCAUACCCUCUAACCACAGAGAUUAUAGUCACUGUCUUGUUGGACAUGUUUGCGGCUGCUUCAGAGACUACAGGAACUGCUUUGGAGUGGGCCAUGUCAGAACUCGUAAGUCAUCCUGAAGUUAUGGCUAAGGCACAAUUAGAGGUUCGAGAGGUACUAGGUCAAGGCCGAGCUAUCAUUAGCAAUAGCGAUCUUGCAGAACUCCACUACAUGCAGAUGGUCAUCAAGGAGGUUCUUAGAUUGCAUCCACCUGCCGCUUUACUCCCCCGCAAGACUAGAGAGGACUGCAAAAUUAUGGGUUACGACAUCCUUAAAGAUACCAAUAUAUACAUUAAUGUCUUCGCAAUUUCCCGGGACCCUCAGUAUUGGAGCAAUCCAAAAGAAUUUAAUCCCGAGAGAUUUGAGAACAACAAUGUGGAUUAUAACGGGACAAGUUUUGAAUUCACUCCUUUCGGAGGUGGGCGACGACAAUGCCCUGGAAUAGCAUUCGCAUCAUCAGUUUUGGAGAUUACCUUGGUAAACUUUCUCUAUCACUUUGACUGGAUGCUUCCUGACAAUGCCAACUCAUUAUCACUAGAUAUGUCUGAGAAAUUCGGGUUCACUGUCCGUAGAAGGACUGACCUACUGCUCAAGGCUAUUCCACAUGUAUGCUCCAAGGCUACACAUAUAUAG